GAAACAGAGCACCUGACUUAUAACUAAAAUCGUAGCCCAUAACGCGAGGACAGUUUUUGAUUCAAUAUGGAGUUAAUGAAUGAAUGAUUUAUCCUCGCGUGGCCGGAAACCGACAGUCAAUAACACUGGUGUUUAUACACCUUGUGCCAGCUUGACAUGUAUGUUACAGAAUUACCAUGUACGUUACUCACAUAAUAUUUAAAUAUCCUGCUCCAUGUACGUUACUUUGUAGGUGAUUUUUUUUCACGUAUCUUGAAACGUACAUUAUUUUAGUUACACACCCUUUUUCCAUUCGUUUGCUUUGGUCAAGAUAUACCUUCUGGUCAGUGCGCCACAUAAAAACUAUUAUUCCAUCUAUAAUAGAAUCCUAAUACAACUGUCGGGACAAUAUUUUAAUAUAUAUUGGGAAUUUAUUUUCGUAUUGAUUUUGAUCGUCUGGUCAGCGGUUCGUAAUCGUUUGUUUAGUGUUCAUUUAUCAACAUAUGCGUCUAUAAUCGCGUGCUGGGAACCUUAAUUGACUACUGUGGGGUUAGUCUAUACUGUUGUAGCUCUAAAAGCGGUCAAGUUUUAGAGUUGAAAUGUCGAACCAGAGUUUUGGUUUGUAUACAAACAUCACUAUUUUCUGCGACGAUUAUGCGGUUAAAGAAUGCAACGCAACUCCUAUAUAUUUGUGUGGCCAUUGCAGGAUAUCUUUGUUCGUGUUACUUUUAACGUACGCUGUUAUACUUGGCCUAGCGAUCUUUAUUGGAAACGCACUGGUUUUUGCCGCAUUUUGUAGUCGAGGGAAAACUUCAUCAACACAUCAUAUGCUCAAAGCGUCUUUGGCAGUAGCUGACACUUUAUCGGUACUGAUACUGUUUUGCAUGACCAUUCCAAAUGUUAUAAGAACUAUGCUGUCAACUCCAGUUGAAAUGCAGAUGUUUACUUUGGCCUCUGUAAACAGCCCGUCUGCCAAGGCUGGAGCAAUUUUAUUUAAUAUGACGUGGACAACUUUAUUGACUCAUUAUGUAUUUCUAAGCUACGAUUGCUUCGCAUGCAUAAAAUGGCCAUUGCUAAAUCGCAAUGGGGUUUCUACCAAGAAGAGAGUUCUGGUUAAAAUCUUCGUUAUUUGGUCUUCUGUGAUGAUAUAUACAUCCUACAGCACGUGGUUUCCUGAAUCUUUCAUCUCCGCUUACGAGACGAACAUAUUCGUUUUCGUCAAUGUGGCUCGGACUUCGCGCGACUUGUAUAUUUUCAUUAUAACAACGAUAGUCGUUGGAUCACUAUUGUUCAUAACCCUUACAGCAUUCACGACAGGAACAGGAAUUCUCAUAUGGAGACACGAAAGAAGAUUUCGCUCACUUCGGGGUGUUAGCGAAACUGUUUUUGUCUCAAAAAUGAAAAGGGCAUUUUUUACUUUGCUUUUUAUGGAGCUUGGAUUCACAAUAUCUUUGUUUCCAAUUAUAACCAUAGUGGUUACGAUCGCGGAUGGUGUGUACCCUCGGGAAGCCAAUGUGGUUUACGUCUACGUGUCUAUGUUAAACAGCCUUGUAAAUGUGGUGAUUUACAAUUUUCGAGACGAGCAGUUCAAGGAGUUCCUGGGAAAUCUCAAAAGAAAUCUUUUAUGUAAUCGUAACUAAAUUGAAAGUUAAACCAACGCUUAUAUAUAGUAGGGUUGGAAAAGAUGGGACACCUUUUCAUUUUAUUUUCCUGUCCCAUUUGAUAGUAAACAAAUAACAUUCAAAGAGUUAUAAAACGUUUCCGCCCUCCGUAUUGCUAAAAUGUAAACUGCUGAUCACUGCACGUGCAGUAAUAACAUGUUGAAACAGGAAACCCAAUUGAGAUAAGUGUAUCGAGAGAACUAAUGCAGGGUUUUGUUAAUGUUUAUACUUUAUUGUAUUCUUCAGCGUUGUAAAAAUGGUGUUAAUCUACAAUAUUCGAAACAAUUUGAGGCUCGAA